AUGGACGGCCCACCACCCGAGUCCAGCUCCGGGUCCUUGACCAGCAGGAGUACUGAGAGCAUGGAAAUCGACGCAUUUGACCAUCACACCCCCGCUGAACUUAGAAGCCCGAUUUCCGCCUCCGCUAGGAACACCCCCAUUCGUGAGGAUCCUGAUAAGGGCAUUAUUGUCGAUGCGCCGUCCCUGGAACUUGCCGACUCGUCCGCCAUUCUGCUCAACCACGAUGAGGACGAGGACGAGGAUGUCGUGACGCCUUAUCACAAGAGAAAGCGUGCGUCCAUUAAUUACAACUUAGAUGACUUGAGCUUCGACAAGCUUCGAGGCAGUCCAAAUGAGGAGCCCCUCCUCAAACGAUCAAAGGUGCAGCCAAAGGUCCGCGGCGUUAUCAUUGGUGUAUGGCGCGACUCCAGCGAGUCCGUCGAUGAAGAGAAGCACGUGAUCUACGGCUUUAUUGACAUUCACGAUCGGCUUCGGACUAGGAUUUAUGGCAUGAAUCGAAGAGGUGAAGAACUUAUCGGGAAUAUCCCCAUGGGUGCUGGAGGAUGCUGGGUCACCUUCCCGCGGAUUAUUUUUGAUGUGCAUCUCCAAGGGCUCAGUUCAGCCGAAGUCAAGGAAUAUGUUAAACUUCGAUCGGAGGCCAAGCCGGAGGCCACCACUGAACAGCGCCACGAAGCUGAUAUGCAGGCCGUUCUCAAAGCUAAGCAGAUUGCUGCAGACCAGGCAGCUUCGCCUGGCAGCAAACCAGUCGUCCAUCGGCCAACCACCACUGGGCGACAACCGGGGCCUCGCCAAUCACUUCCUCGCCAAACUCUGCACAAGACGCCGAGUUUUCAGGCGGUCAAUGCCGCAAAUAUCCAAACCCCCAAGGCUUCACCGUUCAGUGAAGGAAAGCCGCAUGGUGUUCUCUUGGGUUAUUGGGCAGAUUCGGACGAGCCUCGCGUGGAAGAUAAACAUGCUGUAUUUGGGGUUCUUAGCGGCACAGAUUGCUUUCGUGUCAAGGUUCAGCGGGUUACGCGAGAUGGUCGCUACGUCGAUGGCAACUUCCCAGUUGGUGCGGGAGCGCUUUGGCUCCACUACGAUAAAGUUGUCUUCGAGUCUCACCUUCUUGGAUUGACACGACCAGAAGUUAAGGAAUACUGUCGCCUCCGCCAACGAGAUCUGGAGCACAGAGAAUCGGAAAAGGAGCGCAAGGCGAACGAACUCAAGGCUGUCGAACAAGCCAAGGUAGUCGUUGCUUCAGAAGGUCUGAGCAACGGACACGAAUACCAACCUCGGGCCGCCCCCGCAGAAAUGGAAACUCGCCAUAGUUCUCGAGCGGAGCAAAAGAACCAAGCUCGCCAACAAGCCGAAGCCGAAGCCGCAUCGGAGAAGGCUAGGAAGGAAAAGAAUCAUGCGAUGGAAAGACAGCAUGAAAAGACUCGCAAGGAGGUUGCUAUGGCCGAAGCCGCCAUACAAGAGACUGCGCAAAUGGAACUGAAGAACAAUCUCAAGAAACUCAACAAAGUCUGGAUCGCUCAACAAAACGCGACAUUCCCAAAGGCGUCAGGCUCCAGCGCCAGCUCUUCGGAUGAAGUCAAGUACCAUAACGGCAUCAAGUACGAGAGAAAGCAGACCGGCCCUUUCCAAGGAAAACUUGUCAGCGCCGCCCAGAUAUUAACCAUCGAUGGCGAGGAUUACGUCGAGUACAGAGUGUUGACCAAACCGUCCUUUUUCUGA